UGGUAUAAUAUAUAUAUAUGUAUAUAUAAAUUAAAUCAAUUACUUAUAUAAUUGAUAUUUCGAUCUUGAUCUUGAUAUUUUUGAAUACCAGCAAUACCCAAAUACAUUAAUUAAGCCAUACAUCCAGCAAGGCGGAUUUUCAUUCUUUAUAUAAAAUUGAAGUAUUAUUCCUAAACAAAUAAUCAAAGGCUAAACCAAUGAUUCUUUCAAAAUUAGGUCUUAGAAGGAAAUCUUCUAUUAGAGAUACGGCGGAUUUAACUUCGCUAACUCAGAUUGACAAUGAAUCAAUGGCCACUUUAACAACCAUUCCUCCAAUUAAUUCUAGUGACAUUUCUUUACCAAAAUUACAACCACAACAUAUCCAAAAUCGUCUUCCUGAUAUCCAUAAUCGUCAUCUUGAUAAUAUCCAAAAUCGUCAUGAAAAUCUUACUCAUGAUGCUAAUUCCACCGAUGAAUCAAGUGUUUUUGAUUCGAUACCCGAAUCAACUGAUGAUUUCAGUAUUCAUACUUCGAAAACAAGACCAACCAGUUGUUAUGUCACUCCUCCAUUACCUCAAGAUAAUCCUGAAUUCCCAAAGAAGAGAUUAUCCUUCCGUAAUAGCUCCUCAGUAAGUAAAAGAUCGUCUUUAUACUUGACUCCAAAUAUUUCUCCCGAUGAACUUGAUUAUCAAUAUUCAAAUCAUCAUCGCCAAUCUCUGUCAAUUGAUAAAAAAUUCCAACUUGCUAAAACCGUGGAAGAUGAUGAAAUACCAAAAAGAUCAAAUCUACGUCCAGCUUCUCCUAAAUUAAGACCUUCUCCCCUGUUCAAUUAUCCAACUACUCCUCAUAUUCCUAAAAAUUAUUCUGAUUUCAUUAGUGAUUCUCCAGAUUCUUCUCCUUCUCCUUAUCCUUCACCCUCUUUAUCAAUUCAAUCAAGAAGACCUUCCACCUCACUUCCUCAAAUUACUUCAAAAGAUUUAAAUUCUAUUUCUCCUCUACAGAACUUGGACCGGGUUUUAAAUCAUAAACCUCCCGUUGAUCAAAUUAAUGAUAGUAGUAUUAGCAUUAAUACCGAUUCAACGGUGAAACCAAGUUAUAUUCCUAAACUUAACAAACUGGAAAGUAUCCUCAAACUAAAACUCUACUUGGGCUCUAGAAAUGAAUCAGUAAUGGCCUUGAAAUUGAAAAAGGAUAAACUAGAUAAUAUCGAUGAAUUAAUCGAUGUUUUAAUUUAUAAAAUUAUCGAAAAAUUUAAUAAUUUAGAUCUUUCUGCAAAUCAAAUAAAAAUAUCCAUUUUCUUCAAAAAUCCAAAAUUAAAAUCAAUCAUUAUGAAAAAUUUUGGCCCAAAAGAAUAUAACGAUGAAUUUAGCUUUCUACAAAAAGAAUUACUCAUGGAUUACAUCUCCAAUAAAGAUAAACUAUAUAUAAGAGCAGAGUUUAACAGUAAUUAUUGAUUUUUGCAGCUGGCUGCGAUAGUUCGACCUUUAUAUCUUGUAAAACUUUAAUAAAAUGGAUUAUACC